AUGGCCAACAGAAUACUGCCACGGGGCCACCUUGAGCGCAUUUGGGGCCCUAUCCCGCAUUUGCGCACCGAAAAGGAGUACCGCACGUUGAAACCCGGCGGUUCCAAGUUCAGACUGCAAACAGAACAACUCCUGGAUUGGGAAGAUUUUACCCAAAGCACCAAGCAACUGUCUGAUCCCUAUUGCGGGAAUCAUUAUCCCUUUAUGCCUGUUGUACCCACUGAGACGUUCGGCGUUGCGAAUGAACUGGGGGUGCAGGGUCGUUUCGUUGAAAACGCCCUGCAUCCCGUAGGUGAGGUAGUAAAUUUUCUAAAUUUGGGUAUGUCCUUCGGCGACUCACAGUGGGGCGUAAAUAGGCGCAAGGGUAACAAGAAAAAGAAGCAUGGUCGUGAUGAGAGCGAGGAUGAGGUGAACCCGAAAGGCGGGAAAAGGGGUACUCUAAUUCCAGACAUUGUCUUGGUUGAGAGCCAAAGGCAUACGAUCCGGGCACUCUGUGAAGUAAAAACUCACUGGGGUUUCCAGCCAGGAAAGAAUGAAACUUGGAAGACUUUCAUGUCUCAAAAGAUGGGUCAGCUGGCCCGAUACAUGGACGAUAACUACUGCCGAUAUGGCAUUUAUACGGUCUAUGAAUACACUUGGUUCUUGAAAAGGGUUGAUGAUACGCACUUUGCCGUGUCUAAGGCAAUUAGCGCAAGUACUAUCUCAACUUCCGGUGUUGGAUCACUUCGAGAGUGCCUUUUGGCCAUGGUAAUCAGGGCAGCCCAUGAAGAAUGGAGCUACUACCCUGUGAGAUAUGGCAAACGUCUGGCAGACCCUAAUCCGACGAUCGAGAAGCCCACCUAA